AUGGCAUCACAACAGACUAUCGACGGGAAAGCAAAAGCCAGGGCGAACGUGGAACUAGACCUGAAACUAUGUGCAAACAGCGUCCUUCAAGAUAUCCCCCGCAGCUCAAUCUCUACACACCUGAAAGAACCCCGAUUUAUAUCGAAAUGGUUUAGUGAAAACUACUUCGUGAUAGACGUACAGAAUUGGUCGUACUUUACAAUCGAAGAAGUCACGCUCAAGCUUAAAAGACAAAAGCAGUAUGGCAAAAUUGAAGAGCUUGAAAAGGCCAUCUUACGCUGCUCACAAGCUGCGUAUCGCGAAAUUGUAGCCAGACUCUUUGCCUUACCGCGCGAACUUCGCGACAUGAUCUAUGAUGAGCUCCGGGCCUUGGAUUCAUGCAAGAGAACACUUAUCGAUGUGCUUAUUCGUAGAGACAACAGAAAUAAUCAACUCAGAGCUCCCUGGAAUCAACCUUACUCUGGGAAGCUUGACUGCUUUCUCCCAAACUUGGCCAAUCAGUGGUUUGGGGGGAGGGAAGUGGCCACAGAGAUGCUGAAGGCUUUUGGGAAAAGGGAUGGGACUGAUAGAAUUGAUAUGUCCUGUACCACUUACCACGUCUCGUGGAAAAAGUUGCACGACCUCACUACAAUAAAGAUGUUUCACUCCGACGACACGCUAUACGAGCUCCUGGGAAACAUGUGUCUAGUCAUCGUCUUUGACUGCAUGGACCAGGUCGACGGAAACGAGGGUCUAGAGCGUAUAGGCGUACCGGAAAACUUCAACACAGAACUUCGCCGCUGCAUCGAUGUGCUCUCAUCUCUGCGCAACCAAACGCCUCGCUCUAUCACCUUCAGAUUUGAGGAUCAGACGACAGGCGUACCCAGCAACAUCACCCAUCUAUGUCGCUCGCUGAGCGGCCCUUUCCACGAACUCCGGCAGUUUAGAUUCGAUAUCAACAUUAGAUGUCAAACCAAUGGCCGUUAUGACUGUGCAUGGGACAUGUCAGGAACGUACAAUAAUCACGGCCCUCACACGGACGAUGUCGAUAAGUGGACUCUGCGAGAUUGGAGCCUGAACUUCACUCGAGUGAGCGGCCAAUUCCAGAACGCAUCUGGGAUGGGUAAGGUGUUCAUAUUCAAUCCAAAUGGGCCGAUCCCGAGGAGCUUUCGCAUCAAAAAGCAUGUAUGGGAGGUUAUGCGCAAGGAGCUGUACCGCGCGUAUCCAGAGAUUGAAAGUGUGGUGAAGUGGACCAAGAACAAGAAAGGCGAGAUGUGGAUGGACUGUGGAUCUGUGAACGAGGAGCAUACUUGCUGCCCUUACUAUCUGUGCCUCAAGCACGGUGGAUGGGAAGUAAGCCUAAAUGGUAAGUGGAACACUUCUUGCUACAUUUGCAAAGGCCUGGCGGCGUCGGAUUUGUCGUAACAACUGGGC